AUGUCUUCUACUCUCCUAGCAUACGGCUCUGAUUAUGGGAACGAUACGCGGACGCAGACAUCGGCAUUUGGUGGCUACAAUGCGAGUAUGAUGAUGUACAACGUGCCGGCAAGCACGGCAGCACAACAGGCAGUCUAUGAUACGCAGCAAUUUACGCCGCGGCAACAUGCAGCGAUGCAGAUGGUGCCGUCAGACGUGGCAUCGAGCUACUUCGCCUCUGAUACAUCUGGCGGCGGCGCAACGUCUUUGCAAGCAUCAGGACAGGGCUCCAGUGCCUCAUAUCAGCAUCAAAACACGGGCAUAGGCUACCCCAGCAGCAUGGCCGAACUACAGCAGCCCGGAGGCGCAAACCCUGGAAUGUCAGACGGUCGCGAUGCGGACGAUGCCAUGGCUCUCAAGUGGAGCAGCUAUCAGCGACAACUGGGAACCGUGUUCCGGGAUGUGUCUGAUGGGCAGCUUGAGAGGGCGUCAAGCACGCUGUUGGAGUUGUCCAAGUGGCUGCUGCCUCAGGUGCCUCAACUAGGGUUACAUCAAGACGAUCCGUCGCUGCAUGAAGAGAGACUGAAGCUUUGGAACGACUUCAAUCAUGGCUGGCUAGCGCUGGCGUUUCAGCAGAAACAGCUCAUGACCUCUGGGCAGCAGAUUUCCAGCUCGCAGAGGCUCAUGACCAAGGAGCAGAUUGAGGGCCUGGGGGACGAGCUCGUACGAUUAUGCGACGGACUUGAACGGCACGGGCUAGUGGACUACGAGUAUGGGGUGUGGGAGGAACAAAUCGAAGAAGUUUAG